AUGAACAUUGCUUGCAAAGCACAUUUGAUUGUAAUAAGCUGUUCCUAUAUAUAUGGCAUUUUAACCACUGGUGACCUUUUUUUCUGGGACCAGAAGUCAGGGUCUCUGUUUCAAGCACAAGGAAUUCCUCCUCUUGUUAUGCACACACCUUGCUCAGCAGACAAAGAUUCAGAUGGUCCUCUUCAAGUUGUAUUAGAUUUUUUUAAACUACCGAGACCACAGAACCUUAGUAGUGAUGAAACUACAGACAAUGCUCAGUCUGCUCCCACUUGUUCCAUCCCACCUCACCAAAAACCAUAUAUUUUUGCCUCAUCAGACUGUUCAAAAGUUGUUGUAGUGUUGGGUGCUAGUCAGGUAUAUCUGUGGGAGAGAGAUUCUGCUUAUCCUUUUAGCAAGAAAAACUCUAGCCUCAUUUGUGGCCAUUGGACAGUUGCUGAAUGUGGCAGUGACAUCCCAUUGCCCAAUUUGCAGUCAAGAGAAUCUCAAAUUACUUCAUGCUUCUUGGCUGAAGGUUCCCGAGAAGAAAAGUGCCACACAACCUUCAGUUUUAUUGAUGAUACUGUCCUCAUCAUUACAACAUUAACCCUGAAAUGGGAAGGCUUAGGUUGUAUGGUGCCACAAGAUCGAGUAGUAUCAGCUUAUUGGAGCUACAUAUCAGUGUCCCAUCUGGCUCUUGGAUUGAAAAGCUCACAAGUACUGCAGGAAAAAGGAACCUUAAUUUCUCAAUAUGCUCAUGGGCAAAGUCUCAUCUGCAUUGCUCUGAAUUCUCUGCAGCAACAUUCUAAACUGACUUACCUACAUCCUAUGUGUAACACUGCAGUUGUAACAUGCAUUUGUGAUGCUGCUGCUGCUUCUCAACAUGAUCUUCCUAAUUCAAAUGGUGAUAAUUCACACUGGGUUAGUAGUAUGUGCUGGUCUCAAGAUAACACUUAUGUAAUAGGAUGUCUGAGAUCUGGAGCAGUAUUCGUGGCUACGAGAAUGGGGCCACUUCUGAAGAUCUCUUGCUCAGGGGACAGUCUCCAGUUCCGGCCAGCAGUGAUACUACCACUGCAUCCUUACUUACAUGCUCUUCAAAAAGACAGCUGUGAAGAGGUGACUGUAUGUAUGGAAAGUGGCUCAGCUUCAACACCAGAGUUCUGUGUGUCAUGUCACCCAGUAAAGGAUCAAUUCCUUUUGUCUUCUGGUCUUCGAGUCUCGGUGUUGGUAUUUCCUGAAAACGGUAGGAGGGAUGGAGAUAUUGUAGAUCAACUGUUGUCAACUGCUCAUCAUUCUCUGUAUCUUCUACGUCACUCUUCUCUGACCCAUGACUAUGCCUACAUUCGUUGUAGCACCUGGAGAUUAGCUCUGUCUGUACAAGAUCUCUCUCGUAAUGUCAACGAAUCGUUGGACCCAGAUAGACCUAAGAUCAAGGUGUGGGAUACGGACAGCCCAAGUCACGAGGAGUGCAAGACUCGACUGGAUGUUGCUAGUGAAGGCGAGCAGUUGAUUGAGCAGGCUAUGAAGCCUCUCCUGGCAGCCUGGGCUGUGAUUACCUCUCAUACUGGACCUCAAACCCAUGAUUGGAGAAGAAGAGCAAAGCAUGUGGCUCAGCAGUUGGUGAAGCUUGUCAACACAAUAAUGCAAACCACUUUGCAUGACGAUUACUCUCAUCAUCAGGCUCAGUUGUUACAAAUGUUGCAUAUUUUUCAUCACUUUGUUAGGGUAUUAGCAGUGUGGCCCACGUCAUUGCAUAUGGUUCGACCCACCUUAUGGCUCACACACCAAAUACUUCAUAUAUUUCUCAGUUGUGAGAGACAUGCUGGUGAGAGCAGCAUGAUCAACACACUUCUCAUAUUGACACAGACUCUCACCUCAGUGGAAAAUACACUGACUCAGGUAUAUACCUUUAAACCUAUAGUCAAAUUUCCCAGUCACCUGGAAUAUAGUAAUGUUGAUACUGCUGCUGGUGUAGAAGUGACCAAUAUUACUGCAAUCUCUUGGACUGCAGCUGCAGGCAAUCCACUUGCAAGUGACUCUGCAAUUUGUACAAGAAUGAAAAAUCUCUGGAUUUGUUUACAUAUAAAUUCCAUGAAGGUAUACAGCCAACUUGGAAAAAAGAAAAUGGAAAAAAUGUGCUAUCUGAAAUUAGUCUCAGUGAUGAACAUAAUACAGAGCAGAUUACAAAAUUUUGGACACAGCUUCUGUCAGAAAAAAGUUAAACUCCAAAUAUUCAAUCAGCUCCUCCUAAAUGGGAUGCAUCUUGGUGCUGUAAAUAACUUGAAAUCUGAAAUUAUUAAGAACUUAAGUAACAAGUGUAGUAGAAAAACAUUAUGUCGGUAUUUUCAUUCUAUUCUUUACACAUAUUUACUAAGAAGAGAUUUCGUGGGUGUCUCCGACUUUUUGCAUUGGUUAUGCAAGUUACUCAAUUCAUAUUUAUGUACUAAAAAACUGUCUGGUCUAUCUAAUAGCAAUAUGUCUUCAACUCUUAAACCAAAGAAAUGUGAAGCCAAAGUUUCACUCCCAGAACUGGAUCUGUCACCAGUCAAUGAAGAGAGAACCCAGACCACUAGUCAGAACACAGUGAAAGCAGCUGUAGCUCACCAGCUGUCUAAGGAAGCUUCACAAGAGUGUCAAACAUCCUCUUCUAUAAGAAAAUACAGUGAAAUAAGUGCAAAAACUAGUGAGAUGGAUGGAGAAUUUCAGCCGUCUUGCAAUCUAAUUUAUGCUGCUCGUCAAGUAAUUGGCAGUUUAGGUCGUAUCAUGACAGGAGUGAUACUGCAGCACGAUAUUCACAUCCCUUCACCUCACCAUCCUGAUAUUAUACCUUCUGUUUGGCUGGAUUAUCCAAAAUUGAAAGAUAGUGGUGGGGAUGCAGCCACCUCGUGCUCCAUCAUGAAGGACGAUAUUCAUAAAGCUUAUAUUUCCACGGAGACAGCAGGAAAAGCACUGGCAAUAGCUGGCUACUGGAGUGAUCUCACUGCUCUUUCUUUUGAAUUGGCAGAUACAAGAACAGCUCUAUUUGCCAGUCUUAUUUCAAUCACAAUUGAAAAAAAUGGAAUCCCAGCAUCAAGCAGCUUGCACCCAUCAAACCUGAUUAUAAAGUAUAUGCUCAACUAUGGACCAAUGGAACAACUGAAGUCAUCAGUAUUCCACAGUUACCAAGAACUUUUGCAAGUGGCUUCUAUGGCAUGUCUAGAGGUCAUACCAACCAUUCUGGAAGAAUGUCUUCAAAAAGUACAGAAAGUCAUGGAGAAUCUUGAGUUGUUUGUACCAUCUUAUGUGUAUUUACCUGCUCCACCUGUUUUCUGUCCUCAGGUAUCCUCUGAUAGCAUCAACACACUUAAGUCAUCAGGUGUUACUGUCAGAUUUGAUGAGAGGACGUUAAGGAAGGAACUAGCUGGCUGGAUUAGACUGUUUUGCUCCAUCAUCAGUGCAGCAGGAAUAGCUCAACCUUUACUCCAUAAUUAUCAGCAUGGCUCAAUAAAGGCAUCAGAAAUGUAUAGAGAAGAGUUAGAUAUCUUGGCUGAAGUGUUGGGAAAUACUCCAGAAGAUAUGUUUCCACAGGGCCCAGAGUGGUCAAGAAUCACUCAACUAUGGCAUAAAUUUUUAAGGCAGCUUUGGAUUCUUCAUGGUCGAGACAAGUUGUCUUUAUGUGUACGAAAAUUCACUGCAAGUGCUUCAUCUUUAUAUAAGAUUAAACCCAACCAAGAAGCAUAUACAAUAGAUAUACUGUCGUGGGUUCAAGUACUGUACAAGGUUGUUGAGUUUGAUUCUUGGAGAGAUGAAUUAAUUUCUACAGCAUUAACAGCUGCAAGUAACAGUCCACCACUUCCUGUAAUUGCUCAAGCAUUGGCCCAGAUUAUUCAGAAUCCAUCCCAACUACCUUCAUUGUUUAAGGAAAAAGCUAACAGGCUUUAUGACAUUUGGAAGACCACAAAUGUGGUGGUAACUGAAAGUAUUCAUUCAAGGGAACACAACCUCUGAAGGCAGGAAUCAGUGACUGAAACAUUUACUCAUUUGUACAGUAUCUAUGAUAAAGAAUGUGUGAAAGCAAUGGAAAAGUGUGAUGUCAGUAACAGAACUGAGAGAGAUGCAUUAGAGGAUAACACACUUCAUUUUAGUGACAAUGUCAUAGAUAUGUCCUCCACUCAGACCACACCUGAAACUAUUAUAGAAGAAUAUAGGAAAUUUAUGUUUCUUUUUGCCAGUAUGACCUUUGCUCGGGAUGCAGAAAUGUUCCCAGAGCACAUUACACAAGUGCCUCGACUUGCUCAGUUUAGCGAUACAGUCAAGAAGAAGGUGUUUCUAGGAAUGAGGAUGAAAAGUCAGAUAUUUGAGAAUAAGAAUGAAGAUUGUACAGAACAUCUUGAACAAAAUAUUUUGGAUAAUGAAAAUUGUAGCGAUACAUUAAGCACAAGCACAAAUGAAAAAAGAGGAUUCUUUCAGAAUUUAGAUUAUUCCAAUAUUUGGCAAGGAGAUGUGAAUACUGUCUCUUAUUUACACAGCAAAAUGUGUAUGAAUAAUCUGAGAAGUAUUCAGAGAAAAGGUAACUCCUCUUUUCUCCAAAAGAAACAUUCAGAAAGUCAAAUUAUUUCAAGCCAUCAUGUAACAAGAGAUGUAUCUGAUCAAUCUUUCAAGCAGUCUUGCUCUAUACAAAACAACACUUCCAAAGCUUGGAAUUCUGGCGGCAGAAAAGGCAGAUCACAUUCUUUAGACAGAAGGCAACGCACAACUUCAACUUUUUCCCAGGCCAGAAGAAGUCGCUCGUCUAGUUUAACUAAAUAUCAGAAGCAAAAGAAUUUUGUGCACUUAAAUGUCAUUCCUACAUUCUCAUCCCAACAGGCAUGCACAAAUCAUAAUUCUCUGCUAAAUGAUGUUUUACAUCUUCCUAAUUCUCAAAAUUUAGGUGCAGAAUAUACACACCUGCAAGAAUUGAUAAAGUUAGUUUGUUGGUUGAUGAGCAGUGAAAGAAGAUUUUGUUUGUCAGUCUUGACAGUGGGUGCAAGUAAAAGCAGUAUUACAAAGAAAAUGGAUCUCAAUUUUGAUGAUAUUGUUUUAGCUCUUGGUUGGGAAAGUUUAUAUCUGUGUAAUUUAUGUAAAACGCUCAGAAAAAAUCUUAAGACAUGUCGGCAUGAGAAGAAACAAGAUACAGACUCAAAGGAUGCAGAAAUAUUAAAAAGGAACAAGAAAAGCAAGCAUAUCAAGAAGAAGCAAACAGUACAACAGGCCAUGUAUUCACCUUCUGAUAUCAGUGGUGCUGAAAAAGAAAAUGCAGGUCAAAGUGUCACUUCACAAAAUGGUGCAAAAGUUAAACAUUCCAGCAGUGGAGUGGAUAAGAGGCCAAGAAGGAAAGAUAUAUUCUCUAUAGCCUUUGGUUUAGAGAAACAGAAAAUAGAAAGGGAGUCACAAAAUGGUCUAAAUGUUUUAUCAGCAGUUGGGCUUAAAAGAGCUGAACAUGUACUGGAGGAAAAGGGGCAAAGCCCUAAUGACUUAAAUGCUACAGAUAAUAAUAUAGAAAAUGGCAAUUCUAGUUGCUUAUAUAGUAUUAGCUGUAUCUCAAAAGUGGAUCUAAAAAAUCCUGAUACAAGUCAAGGAAAUGUGAUGGACAAUUCAUUGAGCUCUCACAAUAACUCUUGUAUAAAGGAAGUUGUUCCAGCUGAUACUAUAGAGGAUGAACUAGAUGGGAAAGCUUUCAGCUCCAUAAAUAUUCAGAAAACUUGUGAUCUCAAUCAGUCCCUAUCCACAAAUGGCAAGACAGAAAGUCUUUCAGUUGAAGAAUCAUGUAAAGCAUUAGAAUCAAAGGCAAAAACUCCUGUUAACAAGGAGUGUUCCCACAGCACUCAGCAUUCUGCCAGUACUGGUGGAGAGAAUAUUGUGAUGGGAGCAUUAGAAAAACAGCACCCUGAUUGUGCAUUGAUUACAACUACAAAUAAUGUUCCCCCAAAAUAUCAAGAAAGUAAUACUUCAGAAGACUUGAAAGAAAUAAAAAUAUCUACUGAAGUCUUUCACAGUCAGUCAAAGGAAAAAUCUGAAAACCAGAGCAAAAAAGGUAUUGUGGAGAGAAAUAUAAAAAACAAAGUUAGGCAUAAAGUCAGAGGUAUCCAUGAGGAAACUGACCCUGAAGCUGUGGGUGAGAUCACUACCUCUGAGGGCAUUUGGAGACCAUUUACAGCCAAGGAAAAGUGCCUGCAUAAGCCACUGAAGGUCAUUGAAGUUGAAGAGGCAAGAAAGCAGGUUCUUCAGAGAAGUUUGCCAUCUCGACCCCAGAAAAAAAUUAGUCUUACUCCCAUUGAAACACCAUCAAUUGAAGCUAAUAAUGGUACAUUUCCCAAGUUACUCCACCUGCCAUAUGCAACAUGUGAGGAUAACAGGUUAAGCAUAAUGGAUCCGAGUUGCAAUGCUACUUCCCUCUCGAACCCUUCCAGUGUUCUACCUGUCGAAGAUACUCUGGAUGAUGUCACAUUACCCGACUCCUUGCAUGCCUCGGAUCUUGAAAACGAAUGUGAUAGCAUGACAAGUGAAAAUAUUAUUCAGGAAAAUAUCAUCCACAUACAUAAAUUUCAGUUCCCUAAAAGAGAGAUAUCAGACAAAACAAAAGGCAAAUUGAGUGCAAAACAGAAAGCAAAAGUUGUGGCUAAAUCACCGAAAACAGAACGAUGGGAUGAGAGAGUGCUGCAGUUAAAUCCAGUACCAAUUGAAGUUAAACCCAUUACAACUGAUCUUGAUCAUUACUCUGGCAAACAACAUUGUAAGGGUCAGUGUGAUGCCCAUACUUUUUCAAAAAUGGAUAAACAAAGAAACAGACAACUAAAGCUUUUAACAUUACCCAAGCAUUCUAUAAACAACAUUGAGGCUACGAAAGACUGUUCACCUUUGCUUUUAAAACAACUUCCAGCAGAAAAGAUACUGCAGAUUAACUCCAAGAAUAAUAAUGUAUCAUUUACUUUACCAGGCAAAGGUGGCUUAGACUAUUCAACAAACAUGCAAAAUUAUGGCCAGCAUAAAAAUCUGACAAUACCAUUACAACCAAAUGUUAUAAGUAGUAAAUAUAUGAAAUUAUUAACUCUUCCUGCCUCCUCAUAUUCCCAACCAAGUGAAAAAAUAAAUGCAAAUUUCCCCAAGUUUGUAGAUCCUAAACAAGUUUUCUCAUAUAUGGCAAAUGUGAUUACUAAUAAAGAGAAUAAAUUUAAAGCUCUUAAAUUAACUGAACCUAUUAUCAGUCAAAACUUUAGCGAUGUCCAGAGGCAAGAAAUUUGUACUGAAGAUCCAUCUGAAAACAAGGAAGAAAAAUUUAACAAAUCCAGUGCUCAGGAUGAGGGUCUUGAUACAGGUUUUCUUAAUAUAGUUAAAGAAUAUGCUGAGAAGUAUAAGACAAAUACUUGCAAAACUAUUAUGGCAAAAAAAGUUGAUACAACUGAUGGAAAUGUGGAAGCUAAAAAUCAGUAUAGAACUACACAAAGGAUAGAUAAGGCUUCCCAAAGUAAGUGUCUACACUAUCAAAGUAAUAGAGAAACACAGACUUUACCUCAGAUUUUCAAUGAUUUUCAAUUUUAUGAUGCUAAUAAAGAUGACAAGAACAUUCCCUGUGUUGAUAAAGAAGUCAUUGCCCAAGAUAAUGCCAUCUUUGAAAGGAAAAAGAGUGAAACUGAAGAAAAGUUUGAGUUAACCUCAUCACCUAUGAACUGUGGGUCACCCAAAGAGCAAUUUAAAGAUGAAUAUGUUGAAGCAAUCAUCAGUGUUAAGGAUUCGUGGACUGAAAUGAGCACUGUUGUGUUGGAUCAUAAUAUACCUCGGAAUGGCUGUGAAGUACAGACUCAGACUCACGUUGAAACGACAGAUGCAUCAGUGUCUACUCCAGUUACUGUGAGUUUUCAUCCACAACCACAGGAUGAUCUUUUUCACUUACCGACUCAGGAAAGUCUUCAAGUUCACCAAGUACCAUCUAAGGAUCAUUUAUCCUCUAAUUGCACAUUACUUCCUACAAGUCAUGUAACUCUUGACAUUAAUCCUUUGACUACAGCUCUUGACUCUUCCUAUGACUCAUACAAAGAGACAGGCACUCCUCAAGGUAUAGUUCACGUAGUUGAUAUUCCACAGGCGAUUGCCCAACGGCGACUCAAGGAGAUUGGAGAUGAACUCAACAAAACAAUACAUUGUUGUGAACUAGAUGUAAUACCUAGUCCAGCUGGUGCUAGGGAAGUAAGUGAAGUGUUAAGCAACUCUCUAGAAAAUAGUAAAGAUAAAAAAGUUAGAGAUAAAGUUGCCACUGAUAGAUUACAAACACUCCAUGAUUUGUUACUUAAUGAAUCUGCUUUGGAAAAAGACAAAUAUGAUGAGUUUUUCCAACAUUAUGAAACUCAGAAGAUGCAAACUAUUGUAUCAGUAGAUAAUAAAGAGAAUAUUCUUUUAACUGAAGGUCAGAUUGAACAUGAAAGACAUGAAAUACCAGAACAUGAAUUACCUGUUAUUACUACUGACAGUUCACCAAAACAACAAUAUCAAGGCAAUAAUAAAAUUACAAUGAAUGAGCUUGCUGAAGCAUUUUCUGAUGGAAGAAUAACACUUGAAAAUCUGUAUAAAAUGAGUUACUCCAUGCCAAUAGAAAAUGAAGAAAAAGUUUUGGUAGAGAGGGAUGCUAACCAAGAUGUUGAAGAUUUGGAGCAGCAAGCUUUAAAGGCUGCAGUGGGUCUUAAUGAAUCUAGAACUCUGCUUUCAAAGGUAAAUCUUCUGCUUCAGACCUCAGAAAAAUUGGAGAAAGAGAGACUAGAGUCACAAAGACUGGAGGCGUUAGAUAAAAACAUUACUCAUUCUUCAUCUAUAAUUAAAAAAAAUCAGGCCUAUGAUAUUACACAAAAUAUACCAUUUGAUAAUUUGGGAUGGCAAGAAAUGCUGUCCUCGUAUAAAAAAACUGGAAAUCCAGACAUGAUUUUGAGGUUUGUUGAGACAGUAAAUCUUGAAGACAUAACUGACGAAAUGAUUGAUGAGAUAAUGAAGUGGGAAGCUAUGCAUACGAACAAAGAUUCACCUCAUUGUACAUUGUAUUUUCAAGAUUCUCCCAACUCUUUAUUAGAAACACAUGAUAUUAAGACAGUGCUAACAGACAAUGAAAGUCCAGAAUUUAGUAUCCGUCAAAGUUUAUCAGAGAUAGAUUGCUUAGAUUCUCUAAGACAGAUCAAUAAAGGAAUUUCUAGAAUGUCACAAGUGCAGACAGUAAAUGAAGGGGCAGUAACAGAAAGAAGUCCAAGGGAAGGUGGAUGUAAAAUAGUGGACAACUUGAAUGAGACAGAAACGGUGACGGAUUCACCCAAAUUGCAUCUCGAUCUAACAGAACUCAGAUCUUGGUCAAGCAGCUCUCUUACUACGAUAUCCAAGCAUGGGUCAGCAAAUCACAGUACUUUUGCUUGUGACACUAAAGUUAAAAGGCAGCAGAGAAGAGCAGAAAUUCGUGCAUGGAUGAAGAAACAAAUGGAAAAACGUUUAGAACCUGUUCAAGCUAUAUCCCAAAACACCAUUGCCAAAACACACUUGAAAACUUCUAAGUAUCAAGGCAAGACUCUAAAGAAGAGUACGCACACCAUUAAAAUGGAAAACCAAGGACUCUGUGGUAAACAACUGCGAGAGAGAAGCAGAGAGAGAGAAGACCAGCGUGUACAACUACGUGAAGAUCACCAAAGAAAGAGAGAGCAGGAUGUGGCUAAACUUUUUGUUGAUCAUGAAGAAGAAUUAGCAACACACAGAGAUUUGAUGGUUAAGAAACUACUCUAUGAAUCUCCUCGCAUUUCUAGGAGAACAGAGAGAAAGAAAAAUACUCUCAGUAACACAGAUGAUGAAAGCCAAUCUAGUUUAAGGUUGAAGAGAACAUGUGCUAGUAUUAGAACUACUGUACAUUCACAACAAAGCAGUAAAUCUAGACUAAAGUCCAGUUCUAGACUUGCUGAACCAUUUGUUACCAAGCCUAAAUCAUCUGCAAUGUAUAGGAAUUAUACAUUGCCAGAAGAGAAGGCCUUAUUUAAAACUAAUGCAGGUCUAUGGAGAAAAGGGGAGCAGUCAUCAUCCGUGGUAGAUAAUUUAAGCUCCUCAAGUGCAUCUCUUGUUAGUUUUAAAGGUCCAACAGAUAGAAAUAGAACUCGUGUCUUAAAAGAACAAAACAUAGACAAUGUUAAUAGUGUUCAAACUGAACUGACAAACUUGAUAAUGUGUUUAAAACCUAGAGAAAUAGAUAAAACCUUGCCAUUUAAAGAAUCUGUCAAUAAACCAUUGUUAUCCUCAACAGUUUCAUUACAGAUGAAAAGUGGGGGCACUAAAGGAAGUUUAAAAAGUAUGACUGAAUGGAAACAACCUGUAAAUCCUGAAAAAGCAUCAAAUGAUAAAUUUAAAUUUAAAUCAAGUUUAGCAAGUUCCACUUAUCCAUUAUCAUUAGAUCGUAUCUCUGAGGUAGACUCAAAUACCCCAGCAGCUUCAUCACUGGACGUCUCAAACAGCAGACAAGAGGAAUCAUUAUCUGUACAACGUGAUGAAGGUUGCUCAAAACAUGAAGACAGUAGUUCAGAAUCAUCAUGGACCAUCCCCACUGAUGUAAAGAACUUAUUAUAUGGGUAAACUUUUUGAGUCACCCUGUUUUUGAAAUCUCAUGAGUAAGCAAGAAUAAAUAAAUGUUAUGAUGCUAAUUAUAUUUUUUUGUUUGAGUUGUGAUCGAAGGUUUGUCAUAUUUUUUGCCCUUACUAUUAGUCUCAUCUAAUAUUUAUUAAAUCAGUGUUUUUGUUGUACUUUAUCACAUGAUACAGCAUUACAAGAGCCUAGAAAAACUAUACAUAAUUACUGUAAGACAAUGAAUAUCAAACUAAAAGGUUAAUAAAUGUUUUAAAUCAUAAA